UUUUACUCGGCGCUGUACAUUGAACCCUAUCCAUUCUACUGUACAGAAAAUUCUAUUUCUGUAAUAAUUUAUAUUAUUUUUAAAACAUCAAACGUAGCUGGUGUCUCUGUUUUCCUUUGCCUGAACAAUCCUGAUAUUCUCUCUCUAGAAAGUUAAAGGCAAUCGUCGCUUGCUUUCUCUUCCUCCGUUUCUAUUCUUUUUUACUUUCCCAAAUUGCCCUCUACUUCUCUUCAAAACUCCAUUUCGCUCUCUUCUCUGACCUCGUAGAUUCUAAAAAUAGUCAAAGAUCCUCUCCCUACUUCUCUAAAAUUUUCUCACCUAUUUUCACGUACUUGCUCUCGUUUUCUCGGCUAUGUGAGGUUGCUGUUUGACUUGAAAAGGAUUGUUGCAACUAGAACGCUAUGGAUUUGACUGAAGGUGUUGGAGAGAGCUCGUCUCCGACGCGUAGCUUCGGGAAUUUCAGUAACUACGAUGUGCGAAACGACGUGUUUAAUCGGUUGAUAGAGUGUGGAAACGAAGAGGCUGUGUGUAAUCCGGAAUUUCGUGAACUGUUGGAUGCACACUUCAAUCGAUUGCCUGCAAGUUAUGGACUUGAUGUCAACAUGGAUAGAGUGGAAGACGUUUUGUUACAUCAAAAUCUUCUUGCACUCGCUAAGGACCCAGACAAGCGGCCUGUUUAUCAUAUCCGAUUCAUGGAGAACAUUUGCGCUAGCCCAGUUGGUGCUGAGGAUCAACAGUAUAUAAACAUUAUUUCUAGUUCAAGGCCAUCUCUUGAUGCAGAUAUUGAAAGAGUUGUGCCAUCUCAUAAGAGAAUCAAGGAUUCUGCAAUUGAUUUUGAGCCUUGCUCUAAGCUUGAGAACCUUGAUUUGGAUGUGAGAGAGAAUACCUAUGCAAUGGAGGAAAGAUUUCUUACAGAUGAUUUCUCAAGCAGGCAAGAAACUUUGAACGUUCAUGAAGUAAUAUUUUCUACAGUAGACAAACCAAAACUUCUUAGUCAGCUUUCUGCGUUGCUUUCUGACAUUGGAUUAAAUAUUCGAGAAGCACAUGUGUUCUCUACAACUGAUGGCUACUCCUUGGAUGUAUUUGUCGUGGAUGGAUGGCCUGUUGAGGAUACAGAUAGUUUGUAUUUGGCUAUGGAAAAAGCAAUUGCUAGGAGUGAGGGUUCAUGGUCUGGUUCUUCAAAUUCCUGUCCACCUAUGGAGAAGGCAUUGGCAGGACAAACAAUAUCUGGAGAUUGGGAAAUAGAUCGAAGAAUAUUAAAGAUAGGAGAAAGAAUUGCAUUUGGAUCUUGUGGAGACUUAUACCGUGGAGUUUACCUUGGUCAAGAUGUUGCUGUUAAAAUUCUUCUAUCCGAGCAUUUACAUGAUGCUUUGAAAGAUGAAUUUGCUCAAGAAGUGGCUAUUCUACGGCAGGUCCAACACAGAAAUAUUGUUCGUUUUAUUGGUGCAUGCACGAAGUCCCCUCAUUUAUGCGUAGUAACUGAAUAUAUGCCUGGAGGAAGUCUGUAUGAUUACUUGCAUAAAAACUAUAAUGUAUUGAAGCUCUCUCAAUUACUGAGGUUUGCAAUUGAUGUUUGCAAAGGAAUGGACUAUUUGCAUCAGAAAAACAUAAUUCAUAGGGACCUCAAAACAGCAAACUUGCUUAUGGAUAGCCAGAAAGUCGUUAAGGUAGCAGAUUUUGGUGUUGCUCGGUUUCAAAGUCAAGGGGGAGUAAUGACAGCAGAGACUGGAACAUAUAGAUGGAUGGCUCCAGAGGUUAUAAACCAUCAGCAGUAUGAUCAGAAAGCAGACAUAUUCAGUUUUGCUAUAGUACUGUGGGAGCUAGUGACAGCCAAGGUUCCAUAUGCUAACAUGUCUCCGCUUCAGGCUGCACUGGGAGUGAGACAGGGACUACGACCUGAUCCUCCCGAGAAUUCACACCCAAAACUUGUAGACUUGAUGCAGAGAUGCUGGGAGGAGAUUCCUAACAAGCGACCUUCCUUCUCUGAGAUAACACUUGAACUUGAAGCUCUUGUUAAUGAAGUUCAGACAAUCUCUGCUCUUUCAUCAUUUGAUUUCACCCAAACACUCAAUGCGGCAUUCAUCUCCACCCAAACACAGCCGACAAUGCAUUCAUCUCCAAUCUAAUACAACCGACACUGACGCACUCAGAUCGCAGGCAUGGCUAACGCUAACGUCGACAUUGACGUUGCCGUAGAUAAAACCGAUGCUGACAACAUUGCAAUGGCAAGCCAUGUGAGUUCUUCUUUGUGUAUUGAACUGACAGUAAUGGAUUGUUGAUAAUGAUAGCCUUUUUUUUUGGUUAGAUUUAGGGUUUGUGUAUAACAAAAUUUUAAAUAUUUUUUGUUACAUAUAAAGAUUUCUGUUGGAGACACACACAUACAACAUAUACACAUAUACAUACACACACAUACAUACACAUGUUUAUGCUUGAUAUGUUGGUUGUGAUGUGGUAGACUUUGCAUAAUUUGAAUUGGCCUUAAGGGUUUUGUAUGGAAGAAUAGGUAGGUGAGAAAAAUUGCGGGUCGCUUAGACAAGACAAUCUCACUUGAUUGCACUAUUCACAAGAAAAUAAAUUUUUUUGGUGGGAUUUGGGAUUUGAGUAAUUGAUGUUUUUUUUUUUUUUGUCAGGGUUUGGGAUCAACUAUUAGAAAGAUUCCCAUAGGUUUCAUGAGACCCAUGCAUUUUGAGUGCAAAUGAUGCUCUGUAGGAAGAAGGGCGUAGAGAUGUUUCAAACAACAUGUUUGGGAGCUUCCUGGGAUUGGAGGACAUCUAGUUUAGUAUUGUACUUAUACAUGCGGUGCUACUUUGUUUAAUUAAUCGUGUAGAUCCAAUGAGAGAACUUUGGGUUAGAAUAAAUAGCGUUGAUAUCCCUUUCGGCCCUAUAGAGUUUGCUAUGGUGACUGGUCUCAUAUUUGGGCAUGGCAUAGACAUGUCAAUCUACGUUGAUUAUUUAGAAAUGCCUUAAUUGAAGGAGGAAUACUUUCUGGUUGUUUGGUUAAUAACUUAUUUGGACAUCAAGAAAGCAUUUGAGUCAUAGAUAUGGGGAGACAGUGACAACGAUGUUGUCAAUUUUGUGUUAUUGUAUUUAUUGUUAGGGGCAAAUAAUAGAAAUGUUAUUUGAGAUCGCAUAUUACAUUUAGUCGACGAUCUGAAUGCAUUCAACCACUAUCUUUGAGA